AUGGCGAAACGAGCGUUGCAGAACGACCAGAUAGUCAAGCUCAUUGUCGGAGCCGGACAGGCUUCGCCAUCACCACCAGUCGGGCCAGCCCUCGGCAGCAAAGGCGUCAAGUCAAUGGACUUCUGCAAAGAGUUCAACGCGCGAACAGCCAACUACGUGACAGGCACACCCAUACCUGCCAGAGUGACAGUGCGGCCGGACAGGAGUUUCUCAUUUGAAUUACGGACACCACCAACGGCAUCCCUUUUACUUGCCGCUGCUGGCGUUCAGGCCACAAAGAACAAGCUACGUGGCGCUGGGAACGUCGCAGGACCGAAGUCAAAUGCAGGUCUGGCAGGCAGAGGCAAGCAAUCAACGCAGACGGGAGUGGCAGCUCCGGGAAACAGUGGACGGGGCACUGUAGGCUCAGUGAGCUUGAAGCAGGUCUGGGAGAUCGCGAAGAUUAAGGCGAGCGAGACGAGGUUAAGCGGCGUGCCAAUGGAGGGCAUGGUGAAGAGCGUCAUCGCGCAGGCAGCGAGCAUUGGUGUCGUGGUAUUGCCAUGA